AUGAACCAGUACAACGGAUCUUCUGCACUGUGUGCCCACUUGGCGGAGGGACAAGCAGGCCUGGCUGACGUCACCCACCCAGCCCCCAGUCUCCACCGUCAGAACCCCUCCCACGUGGACUCCAUCACAGCCCAUCCAGGCGUCGCCCUGGAGACCAGCUGCUCUCCUGAGGGGCCGGCGGAGGGAGAGUGCUGUAGGAGCUGCACCCCUCCGUCUGCACUACCUCCUCGGCCCUCUAUGCCCACCAUGGGAGUGACCACCUUGGAAGGCGUGGAUGUCUGCCAGGAUGGGGAGGACUUCUGCCUGGCCACAGAAGGAAGGAUGGAGGUGCUUGGUGCCCAGGAGUCAUCGAUGGGCGAGAUGUCACCGCAGAGGAAUAACGAGAACAGGGUAUUUUUCCAGAUCUUCCCAGACCCAGUGGAGGUGUAUCUGAGUCCAGAGGGCUCUCUCAAUCACCUGCAGCAGGUCAGUCCCUCUGAGAAGGAGCGGCUUCCCUCCAUCGUGGUGGAACCCACGGACGUGAGCGAAGUGGAGAGUGGCGAGUUACGGUGGCCCCCGGAGGACAUGGACUUCUGUUCUGAGGAGGAUGAAGAUCUGUUCCUGGAGCAGUGUAUCCCCCCGGCCAAUAUUGCAGACUGGGGAGAGGAGGAAGAGAAGUCUGUUCUCAACCACGAGCAGAACACAUCCCUCAUUGACCUCCAGUCAGAUGCGUUCAGGGAUGAAACACCCAUUCUACCACCAGGCAGUUCACCUGCUCUGAACUGAGCCACCAACCUCACCCAUAUACCCCUGCUAUCUUCCUGAGGAAACCCCUCACAGACCAUGGGUCACAAGUCAACAUGAAACAGAUUCCUGGACAGAAUGGAACUACAGUUCAAAUAUUGCCCAACAAUGAAAGGGGAUAAGCUUAUAUGUUAUGUAAAUAAGUUAAGUUAGACAGUGGUGUAAUGUUCUAUGCAAAAUGUCAUAAAUAAAACCAAGGACAGCUCUGAGGGAGAAGUGUUAUCUGAAGGAGUAGUGUGAAGGAGAAUAUCUAACAAUAUCUAGCAAGGGUAUUUAAUUUAAGAAAAUCACUGAUACCCAUCUGUGGAGAAAAGGACAUUUUUGUUUGGACACACCUACUAACACACCUACUAAUUCAAGGGUUGUUCUUUAUUUUUACUAUUUUCUACAUUGUAGAAUAGUGAAGACAUCACAACAAUGAAAUAACACAUGGAAUCAUGUAGUAACCAAAAAAGUGUUAAACAAAGCAAAAUAUAUUUUAGAUCAUUCAAAGUAGCCACCCUUUGCCAUGAUGACAGCUUUGCACACUCUUGACAUUCUCUCAACCAGCUUCAUAAAGAAUGCUUUUCCAACAGUCUUGAAGGAGUUCCCACAUAUGCUGAGCACUUGUUGGCUGCUUUUUCUUCACUCUGCGGUCCUACUCAUCCCAAACCAUCUCAAUUGGGUUGAGGUUGGGUGAUUGUGGAGGCCAGGUCAUCUGAUGCAGCAGCCCAUCAGUCUCCUUCUUGGUCAAAUAGCCCUUACAAAGCCUGGAGUGUGUUUGGGGUCAUUGUCCUGUUGAAAAACAAAUGAUAGUGCAAAUCAGAUGGGAUGGCGUAUUGCUGCAGAAUGCUGUGGUAGCCAUUCUGGUUAAGUGUGCCUUAAAAUCUAAAUAAAUCACAAACAGUGUCACCAGAAAAGCACCCCCGCACCAUCACAUCACCUCCUCCAUGCUUCACGGUGGGAACCACACAUGCAGAGAUCAUCCAUUCACCUACUCUGCGUGUCACAAAGACACGGUGGUAGGAACCAAAAUUCUCAAAUUUGGACUUAUCAGACGAAAGGACAAAUGUCCACUGUUCUAAUGUCCACUGCUCGUGGUUUUGGCUCAAGCAAGUCUCUUCUUCUUAUUGUGACCUUCCUUGCAGCAAUUUGACCAUGAAGGCCUGAUUCACACAGUCUCCUCUGAACAGUUGAUGUUGAGAUGUGUCUGUUACUUGAACUCUGUGAAGCAUUUAUUUGGGCUGCAAUUUCUGAGGCUGGUAACUCUAAUGAACUUAUCCUCUGCAGCAGAGGUAACUUUGGGUAUUCCUUUCCUGUGGCGAUCCUCAUGAGAGCCAGUUUCAUCAUAGCGCUUGAUGGUUUUUGCGACUGCACUUGAAGAAACUUUCAAAAUGAUUGAAAUGUUCUGGAUUGACUGACCUUCAAGUAUUAAAGUAAUGAUGGAUUGUAAUUUAUCUUUGCCUAUUUGAGCUGUUCUUGCCAUAAUAUGGACUUGGUCUUUUACCAAAUAAGGCUAUCUUAUGUAUACCACCCCUACCUUGUCACAACUGAUUGGCUCAAACGGAAAUAAAUUCCACAAAUUCACUUUUAACAAGGCACACCUGUUUAUUAAAAUACAUUCCAGGUGACUACCUCAUGAAGCUAGUUGAGAGAAUGCCAAGAGUGUGCAAAGCUGUCAUCAAGGUAAAGGGUGGCUACUUUGAAGAAUCUCAAAUGUCAAAUUGAUUUGUUCAACAUUUUUGUUCACCACAUGAUUCCAUAUGUGUUAUUUCAUAGUUGAUGUCUUCACUAUUAUUUAAAAAAAAAAAAAAAGUAAAAAUAAAGAAAAACCCUUGAAUGAGUAGGUGUCUCCAGAGUUUGGGAAACGCUGCUCUAGACCACUGUUUUAUGGACACCCAUAGCCUAGUCAGUCGAUAGUGGUCGCUAGAUCUAGUGGUCGCUACAUGGUCUAGGAUUGAUGUGCAUUCCCAGUAGAUACACUCCGGUCCCCAUGGACUGACUCGUACAUAAAGCAUCCACCAUUCAGGCUGCAAAAGACAUCACUUUCCUCCUUAACUAGCUUAAAUGGCGAGGUGACGGGAAAAGACGGGAAAAAACUGGAAAAUGUGUGUUAGUUGAAUACGGUGUGCAACAUUUUAAACUGCCCGAAAAUGGUGGUGAAUUAUUUUCUUUAUUAAGACAGUACACAUAUUUGACCUUCUUUUUUUUCGGGCAGCUCGCCCUUAAAGCUAGUCGGCUUCCUACGCUAGGGCACACACAUGAGUAAACACACGCACACUCUGAAGGUGCUUGUUGAUAUCAAAAGGGAACACAGCUGUUGUAUCUGCUGUUGACAGUUGAAUAUGUAGAUACAUCUAGAUAUUAAACACAUUUGCAGUACAGGUGCUGUCAUCAUACUCAACAUGUGUGUGUGUAUAGCUUUUGCUUCCCAGCAAAUUGUAAAUAUAAAACAAUGUUGUCAACAUCUUUUAUGUAACAGUACAGUAAUAACCAUAAUGACUUUAACAAUAAAAUUGUGAAAUUCA